UUUAAAAGUCUUUCUCAUUUUUCAUAUAAUAUACAUUUCUUGAAAGGAAUUCCAAAUUUUUCAUCCAUUGUUAUUAAAUACAUAUGAGAAUUUUUAACAAUGACCCAUCAUAUUUGCAAUAUUGGUUUUAUUUUACUUUACUUUUUGAUAUAUUAAGUAGAGAAACAUACGAAACAUAUAUUAUAUAAGAAAUCUUCGAAGAUAUCAUAAAUUUAUUUGAAUACUAGACAGUCUCAUUUAAAGAUAAAUUCUAGUUAUUAUAGAAUAUUCAACAAAAUAUAAUUUAUUCACUCACAUUUUAUAUUAAAUGUGAUGUUUAUGUACUCGUUACGGCUUAAUUUAUAUUUCUAUUUUUUUAAUUAUAAGCGAAGAAACACUUGAAAACGCUAUGAAUUAUCAACUGCCAUUCUUUAUAAGUUAAAGAUAAUAAAUUCCGGAUCGACUGAGAAAUGUAAACACUCCGUGAUAUUUAAAAAGUUGCCAUAAAUUAGAGAUAAAAGAUAUUAUUUAUAAAGAUAAUUAUCAUAAUGUAAAUUUUAAAGCGUCCCGAGUACUCACGGACAGUGUUGUUGCAACCAGAUAGUCGCAAUAUUUUGUGUCGAGUAAUACAAUGUCUCAACAAUAUUGAAUUUCAAUAGUAGUAUUGUGUCUCAAUAAUACAGAACUAUAAUCUGCUCCACACAUCAAGCUAAAGUAUAAAUAAUGGAAAAUAUACAAGAUAAAACAAUAAUAAUUACCGGUGGUGGCCGUGGUAUUGGCUAUAGCAUUGUUGAAGAAUUACUUCGCAAAGGUGCAAAGAAAAUCGCUAUUGUCGACCUGCCUAUGUCGAAAGACCACGAAGCAGUGACUACUUUGAAAGGAAAAUUCGGGGAAGAACGUGUCAUCUAUUUUCCGUGUGAUAUAACAAAAACCGAAGACUUCAAAGAGAUUUUCAAGCAAAUUGUGAGAGUUCUCAAUGGACUGGAUAUACUCAUCAACAAUGCUGGACUUCAAAAUGACAAUUUGGUUGAACAGACCUUUAAUAUAAAUGUGAUAGCGCUAAUUCGCGGUUCACUUAUGGCUUUGGAUUAUAUGGGAAAGCACAAUGGCAGCAAGGGAGGUACCAUAGUAAAUGUAGCAUCCACAGCUGGAAUUGUACCUUCACCUGAACUAUCAGUAUAUUCUGCUUCUAAGUUUGCGGUCGUUGCAUUCGGUCGCAAUCUCGAGGCCUUUUAUAACAAAACCAAUGUUCGUAUUCUAACAUUAUGUCCUGGUUUAACAAAAACGAAAUUGGCAAUGGAUAUCAGCACUAAUACCGUUCUCGAUUUUGUGGAUGAAGAAAUGGUACAGAGCAUAAAUACUUUUACAAAACAACCAUGUACACAUGUAGCAAAUGCUGCUAUCGAUCUCAUUCAAAAGGGUGAGAAUGGAACAAUUAUGGUUGUUAAAAAUAAUGAGCCACCAUUUGCUAUAAAAAUACCAUUGUAUGUUUGCAAGUAAAAUUCAGCAUUAGGCUCUUACACAAAGGGAUUAAGCAAUAUUAAAAAAAAAAAAAAACUGGGAACUAUCCCCAGAAUCUAAAAUAAUGUAUUUGAUAUAAUCAAAAUUUUACCAAAAUUUAAUCAAAAUUUUAGAAGAAACAAGAGAAUACACACUUACAUAUAUAUAAUAUAUAUGUAUAUGUACACACAUAUAAUUUGUACAUAAUAAUAAUAAAACCCUACAAAAUGCAAAAUAAAAGUAUGGCAGAUAUCAGUACAAAAAUAAUAUAAUAUUUAUUGUUAUAAUAAUUGACAUAUUGUGGUAAAUUCAGAUGGGGGUGUUAUUGCCAUUCUAGAAUAUAUCUUAAAUAAUAUAAUUUUAAAUAAUAAUUUUAAAUAUAUCCUAGAAGGCGCAUGCGGCGAUAAUAGCCUCCAUUUGAAUUUACCACAAUAUGUUAAUUAUUAUAACAAUAAAUAUUAUAAUUAACACAUGUAUCUUUGGUAAUUAUAAUAAAUGUUAAAUAUAUAGUAAUUUUUAUAAUA